AUGGCAUCGAGCAAGAAUUCAAACCCAAUCUCCUCGAACUCUCGCAACAAGUUGAAUGCUUUUCGCUACCAAGACGACGACUUGCCCCAGGACAAAAAAACUUCGAAAGAUGAGAGCAAAGAGGCCCACCGCAACAAGGAAAACCAAAGCUCGUGGUUAAAUGGAGUGGUGGACCAAAUGCAGAGAUCAACGGAUAAAAUUGAAAGACCCGAACAACUCGAGGCCGAAGCUCCGAAAGAAUCCAAACCAGUCAAAGACUGUCCUCAUACCCCCGGGAACCGAAUACCUCUGGCGGAUUUGAUCAGCAAUGCCGAAGACUCGUUCAAUCCCGCCCCAGGCCCGGAAGUGACGCCAGUUGACCAUGUUAUCUGGCAGCAUAUUCCGCCCAGCUCAAAUCCAGAUUCAUCUUCGCAGACACCAGCAAGUCGUCGGAGAAAACGACGCCAUAGCUCCUCGCCUCCAGGAUCUCCUUCGAAAGACAAAUCGAAGAAGGCUGAGAAGGAGCCACUCGAUUUGCAAUCAAUUCAAGCGCUGCUCAAGACACCCCAGCACGACCUCGCCACUGAGUUGUGGAACAAUUAUAUGGAUAAAAACAUAGUCGAGAACUCGGAGGAUCUUCCAGCACCACGCCUUGCCAAUCUCCUCUCCUCUUCCCCUCAAACCCCAAAAUCUGGGCGAACAAGUCGAGACUCUUCUGGCUUAAGAAGAUCCAUCAGUUGCGCUGCUGAAUGGCCAAGUUCGCGUGCGAAGAGAAGGCGAGUAGUACGGCAAGACACGAAUUCAGGCCGCGGGAUAUUCUCGCGCACAAACAGCAAUGUGCUGGAUUCGGGCAAUGGGAAAUCAUCCAGGAUCAAUUUCUUGCUCGAAAAAAUUGAAAGAAGUCUUAGACCAGCUCACCCAGCCGAUACUGGCCCACUCAACAUUUCCCCUUUACGACAACGUCUGGACGCCGAACGAUGCCGUUCAUCUUCUCCGAUUGCGGACAGAAAAGGUCAUGGAGAUACCAUUGCCGUCCAAGAAAGCUUUCCCGAAUCUGGAUGUAAAUCUGGCAUCAACUUAGCACCAAUUCAUGAAGCUUCUUCGUCAGAUUUUGGUGACGAUGUCCUGGACCAAGACUUCAUGGACUUGGCUGAUGCCUCAGAAGAUCCAUUUGUGGUGCCUCCAGCAAGUCGAACCAGUGUCAACGAAUUUGGCUCAUUUGGAUCCAGCUGGUCCAAGUUGGCAGCAGAAAAGGCAUUUUCAAGCCAUAUCACACGACCGUCAACUGCCGACAACAUCCCACGAGUUGUGGACACGAUAAAUAACGAAACGAAGCCCGAUGAUUCAGACGAUUUCGAUGACGACUACGGGGACUUUGAUGAUAUUCUCGCGGUGUGUGACACCAAAUCGGGAAAGAUGGAUUCAUAUCAACCGGUCACGGUGAAGCAAAAAUCUGUAAAGCAGCUGGAGCCGUCCCCCGUUGCCCCAAUCACCCAAGUUCCUGCCAAGUUGGACGCGAAAACAGAUGAUGUCGCAGAUGCUUUCUCUGAUGAUGAAUUCGACGAUGAUUUUGAUCUGGAUGCGAUUGAACAAUCCAUGAAGCAGACAGGUACAGAUGGAGCCUACAAUUUGCAAAAUCGCCAAGCCAUUAAGCGUUAUUCAAUCGUGGAUAUCGCUGAAAGUACGUAUGUCAAUUCAAAAGGACGCACGCAGCCUGAGCAAGUCCUUUCGGUUGAGGAUACAAAAACCAGAGCUCGCAAAGUCAUUGUACUACGUGAGACUUGGUUUGAUACCCCUUGCAACAAAGAUUCAACCCUUCAUUUAGUUGGGGAGUUUGACUCGUUUGGCCUAUGCGUUGUGGACAACGCCAAUCAUAUGGUCAUUCUCCAUCCUGAUCAUCUCAUAUCCGCCACGGUUGUGGCCGACUCAAUUGACUGCCAGCGACGAGCAGUCAUUCAAGACCGUAUCAAAGCUUUUUCUCAACUCGAAGCACCUCAGGUCUUCGGUAACAUCUUUCACGAGGUCUUUCAAGAAGCUUUGAAAGCCAAUUUGUGGGAUACUGGGUCUCUCAGGUCCUUGGUAGACGGCGUUCUUGAAAAACGAAUCGAAGACCUUUACGCAAUCCAAAUGGGUGUCCCUGAAGCCACUGAAAACGUGAUGAGCAAGAUUCCCACAGUGCAAGCAUGGGCCGAUGUCAUGCUCCACGCGAAACCGCAGUCCAACUCUAUGGUUGAGGACCGUCAAAAUGCAAAACUCAACCUGAGCAUUAGCAAGCUGCUCGAGGUAGAGGAGCACGUUUGGUCUCCAAUGUUUGGACUGAAAGGAAAUAUCGACGCCACAGUGGAAGUUUCAUGCAAUGGUGAAGAUGGCAAGAGAAAUCUUGUCGUUCCUUUAGAACUCAAAACUGGAAAACGAGAUACAAACCAGGGUCAUAGGGCGCAAACGGCUCUCUAUACCCUCCUGCUCUCGGACCGUUACGACAUUGACGUGACGUUUGGUCUAUUGUAUUAUCUUGAGCUCAACAAGACCAUGAGCAUUCGAGGAAUUCGACACGAGCUCCUUCAGAUGAUCCAAGUGCGUAAUCGCUUGGCAGUAUUUAUUCGCGAGAAGUUGGAGCUUCCCCCAAUGCUGAAGAGAGCCCGCAUGUGCAACAGGUGCUAUGCGAAAACCCCUUGUCUCAUCUAUCAUAAGCUGUUGGAGGGAGGCGAUGGUGAAACAAGUGGCAUGGGGGAAGAUUUCGAUGCAGUAACAAGCCACUUGACACAAAAAGAUCGCGAGUUCUUCAAUAAAUGGGAUGAGCUUCUGACCAAAGAGGAAGGAAACCUCACCAAGUUUCGACGAGAGCUAUGGACUCUACUGAGCAGUGAGCGCGAGUCUCUCGGCCGUUGCUUCGGAGACGUGGUCAUCGAUCCUCGGACGGCUUUUGAGGAUAAGAACGGAUCCAGGAUCAAUCGUUAUCGCUACACUUUUACCAAAAAGCAAGCUUCUCCGGGGUUUAGUUUCGCAGAUUCCCAGAUCACAGCUGGUGAGCCAAUCGUUGUUUCAGAUGAAAAAGGACAUUUCGCCCUUGCCAAUGGUUAUGUUAUCGAGGUUAGCAGGUUACACAUCACCGUUGGUGUCGAUCGAAGCCUACUUAACACCCGAUCACGAACCGCUGGGUUCCAUCCGGUCACAAAUCAGUCCUUUACUGGCAUCAUGGAAGUCGAGAAGGACGGGGAUUAUGUUCUUGAAAACCCUCUUGAUGAACGGCAGACAUACCGAAUCGACAAAGACGAAUUCAGCAAUGGCAUGGCCAAUAUUCGCAAUAAUCUUGUCUGCAUGAUGGACAAAGAGCUCGCUCAAUCAAAGCAUCUUAGACGCCUGAUUGUUCAGGGUGAAUCUCCUGUGUUCAAGCCCUCGUCAUCAGCAUACACCAUAGCUGAUCCUGGCAGCCUCAAUGUUGACCAGAAACAAGCAAUUGAGAAGGUGAUGAGUGCCAAGGACUAUGCUCUCAUCCUUGGAAUGCCAGGAACUGGCAAAACAACCACCAUUGCCCAUCUCAUUCGUGCACUUGUUGCGCAAGGCAAAAGUGUUCUGCUGACUUCCUAUACUCAUACUGCGGUUGACAAUAUCUUGCUUAAGAUUCGCGAUGACAAUAUUCGCAUUCUUCGUCUUGGUGCAGCCAGUAAGGUUCAUCCAGAGGUACAAGAAUUUGCAGAUUUAGCAGCAAUCCCCAAAUCGACUAUUGAGGAGCUCAAAGAAUCUUACGAAAAACCACAAGUGGUGGCAGCAACGUGCCUGGGAGUGAAUCACCAAAUUUUCAACCAGCGUAUCUUUGAUUAUUGUAUUGUCGAUGAGGCCUCGCAGAUCACUCUUCCCGUGUGCGUAGGCCCUAUCCGCAUGGCAAGAUGUUUUGUCCUUGUCGGUGAUCACUAUCAACUCCCACCCCUCGUCCAAAGCAAAGCUGCGGCUGAAGGUGGACUUGAUGUCAGUCUCUUUAAGCUGCUGUCUGAUUCCCAACCCGACUCAGUCGUCAACCUGGAGCAUCAGUACCGCAUGUGUGAGGAUGUUAUGCUACUCUCAAACACACUAAUUUACUCUGGCCGUCUCAAAUGUGGCACACCAGGAGUAGCAGCCCGUUCACUUGAAAUCCCGAAAAUUUCCGCACUCGAACAAUUUCAUUCAGAUGGAGCUUAUUCCUCCAAAUUUGAACACCAGCAAACAGUGUGCCAAGGCUCAAGUCACGGCAGCUGUUGGCUAAAUGACUUGUUGGUGCCAUCAGCAAAAACACUGCUGGUCAACACCGACCCUCUUGGCCCUGCGGCUCUCGAGACUUUGCAAGGACAACGAGUCAUCAACUCUAUGGAAGCUAUCCUAUGUACGCAGCUUGUCGAGGCUUUCAUUGCAUGUGGUAUACCAGCACGGAACAUCGGUGUUAUCACCUUCUACCGCAGCCAGCUUGCUCUCCUUCGCCAUAGUCUUCGCCGCCAUGCUCCAGAGCUCGAGAUGCACACUACGGACAAAUUCCAGGGUCGCGAUAAAGAGAUCGUGAUCCUUAGUUGCGUCCGCAGUAACUCGGAAAACCACGUUGGUGAACUUAUGCGUGACUGGCGUCGCGUCAACGUUGCCUUCACUCGUGCACGCACCAAGCUCCUUGUUGUCGGCAGUAGAUCCACUAUGCGCGAUGGCAACGAGCUUCUUCACAAAUAUGUUCGGCUGGUUGAAAGCAAGGGUUGGGUCUACAAUCUACCGCCAAAUGCUACCGAGAAUCACAUUUUCCAGCCUGACACGUUAGAAUCUUCGGGAAUGCCCCUUACGUCUCCCAAAAUCGCCAAGACACCCGCUGGGGUAAAAAAGAACAGAAGUCCUACUGUCAAGAGUGAACCCCGGUCUCGUGAGCCACUGAGUCCUCUCGGCUCUAGACAACCUGCUUCGAAUCUUCGAGUGCCUGAAAAGAAAGGGGCAAAGAUUCUGAAUGGAAACGCAAUCCUGGGAAACAGACCCAUUCUUCGAGAUAUUGUGAAUGACAUUACUGGCUGA